AUGUACCAAGGGAUCCCCGCUGUGGAUGCUGUCAUGGAACCACCCCUCGAUGGGCACUCGGAAUAUGGCAGCAUGCGCAUCAGUGAGUCCGAGCUCCGGUAUGUUGGUGGUGACCAUUGGGCGGCUAUUCUCGAUGGAAUCGCGGAUUUGAAGGACCACUUUGAUCGGGAUGAGCAACUUCGACUAGCUAACACACCAGAUCAGCUGGCAUAUGAGCAAGGGCAUGACCUGUCCCGAGCCAAGUCCGGGUAUGCGCUACUCUUGUAUGGGUGCCGCAGGAUUGUGUCUCACGACGAGAUUUUGGCGGCUUUGCCACCCAAGGCUGCCGUUGAUCGCUACAUAUCUCGCUAUUUUAACUAUCUAGAUCUAGUUUCGUCUUCAGCUGUUCACGGCCCAGGCUUUUUAAGAGAGUAUGAGGAAUUUUGGACGAAUGUAUCCAACGUGCCAAUCAUGUGGAUUGGUCUUCUGUUCAGCAUGAUCUGUCUUGCUUGUUUAACUACUGAUACAUUCGAUGCCGAAGUGGAACGUCUCUCGCUUCAGAUCGACCUUUAUCGACAGAAGAUCGUCCAGUGCCUAGUGCUAGGCGAGUACACUAGAGCAGGACCGUACGUCUUGCAGACAGUCAUUAACUACGUCUAUGUGGAGUUUUUUCUUCGUACCGACGCGGAUCAAGAUACCUGGUAUCUGCUGGCCUUAGAAGUAAACCUGGCCAUGCGGAUGGGCUACCAUCGCGAUCCCAGUCAUUUCCCAGGUAUUUCCCCCUUCCAGGGAGAGAUGCGUCGCCGACUGUGGGCGACAGUGUUAAUGGGUGAUACACUUGUGUCAAACCAAAUGGGUAUGCCACGCAUGAUCUCCGACUGGAAAUGUGACACAAUGGAACCGCGAAAAUUGAAUGACACGGACUUUGACGAACAGUCCACCGAUCUUCCUCCGUCACCACUGGGAACAGUGGCCGAUCUCACAGAUGCAGUUAAACCAUGUAGUUAUGCAGAGGUGAUGCGCGUCGACGGCGUACUCCAAGACGCGGCAGCCAGUAUUCCUCCCCUCUUGCAGAUGAAGUCUAUGGCCACUAUUGUGACAGAUUCUCCGCAGGUCAUCAUGUCGCGUUUGUUCUUAGGUCAUAUGAUCUACAAGGGGCAGAUUGUGCUUCAUCGCCGGUUUCUAUACACAAGUCCGGACGAUGCGGAUUAUGAUUCGAUGAGCUACUCGCGGAAAGCCUGCUUGGCCGCUUCGCUGGGUAUGCUGAAUAUCCAACAUGUGCUUGAUGAGGAAGCAUGUCCAGGCGGCCAGCUCUAUACCAUGAGAUUUCGAGUGACUUCCAUCAUGAACCACCAGUUCCUCACUGCUACUAUGGUACUAUGUUCAAUUCUUCAUCGUGGGAAGACAAUACAGCGGGAACAAGAUAUACGGGCGGCCCUUCAUCUUUCCAGGUCCAUUUGGAUGCGAAAGAGUUCCACUUCCAAAGAGGCAAAGAAAGCGGCUGAGACUGUUAGUUUUGUGCUCGCCACGGCCGGCGAUGGUCGUAAGCCGGACCUCGCUUUUAACCAAGAUAUUUCCCACUAUGUACAAGACAAUGAUCAAACGAAGACUUUCCAGGGAAGUUGUGCCAAAGGCACAGGCCAAAAUCCAGACGAGGAACUGCUAUUCCCAGACAACAUGAGUUUAUUUGAGCCCGACCAUUUUGUUAUGACUAGCUCCCUCGGGAUGUUCGCGUCGCCCGGCCAGCAGAAUCAACACUUUGGGGUUAAUUGCAACGGAAUAGAGAGCCCAUUUGAGGAGUGGAUGGUGAUGAAUCUGCCUCAGCCAUGA